AUGGUCAUACCGCGUCCAGGUACAAACCCCACGAGACGACCUUGUAUUAAGCUAAUGGGCAGAAACUUGAAAAUCACCAAAACGUUGAAAUACCUUGGAGUCACGUGGGACCAAGGCUUGACCUGGCUACCACAUCUACAAGAAGUCAAAGUCAGAACAGCCAACAUUGCAAAGAAAGCCAGGCAGUUUCGGGGACAAAACUGGGGGCAGAACCCUUACAUUCAAAAACUGCUCUACUUGACGGUUGCAGAAAGGAUUGUACUCUAUGCCUCAGCUAUUUGGGCACUACCAAUGGGCAGCCGUAAAAUAAAAGCCCUGUCAACAAUACAAAGACCUUUUGCUCUCAACAUUAGCAAGGCAUAUAGAACAACCGCGACAAAUGCAGCACUUGUGCUUACCGGGCUCACACCCCUUCACAUCAGGGCCAAGUUAGAAGCAAUAUAUGAGCGGGUAAUAAGAUUAAAGGAGAAUGCUGCACUCGACACCACAGUCUUCAGCACGCUGCAGUACGAAACACCAGGCAGCACACAGCACGUGCACCCAGCACAUAAAAACUCGGGCAUACACGUCAAAAUAGCAAAGAGAUCUACGCCGCGAAUAGAGGAUGUACCAGUCGCCUCGCAGUUCUACACAGAUGGCUCCAAACAUGAUAACGGAGUGGGUUGUGCUUAUGCUUAUUAUGAGCAUGGUACACUUCACAGUCAAUGGAAAGGUCAUCUUGCAGCUCACAAUGGUAUCUUCCAGGCGGAGGCCAUAGCAAUUGAAGCGGGAAUACAGUACGCACAUGACAUACAACUUGCACGAACAGAAAUCUAA